AUGAGUGACCAAACGCCCAAUCCUAACGAUAUGAAUAAUGCUAUCAUCAAUCAAUGGACACAAGAUGAACUAGAUCACAUGAAUCUAUUUGAAGCCUUCAACUUUGACAACCAUGGACAAAGAUUUGGACUACAUCCUAUUUAUAGAUUGCCUUUGCUAGCACUCAGUGGCUCUCUAGUUGGAGGAGUCUCAGGGAUGAUGUACGGGUACCAGCUUGGCGGCCUGAAAUACCUCGCAAUGAAUGCUCAUCGUAUGCCAACGGAUCGCAACGGCUGGUUUUAUUAUCACAAGAGAAAAAAUUUCGUUUGUUUGAAGGACUCAUUUGUCACAGGUUUCAGGCAGGCAGCUAAAGUUGGUCUCUUGGUUGGUACUCUGUUCUCUCUGGAGGCUUAUUUCGACUAUGCAAGAGGUACUAUAGAUUUUGCCAAUACUAUGAUGGCCACGACAAUUUCUGGGUGGAUAUAUGCCAAUGCGUACCAAUUGAGUUCCUACCAGGCAAAAAGUUUAGUGAAAAGAGGUGCUGGGGUGGGUUUGCUCUUGGGAUUAUUACAAGAUGCUUCUAACUAUUUAAUUGGUAACGAUGUGUGGUAUCUGAGAGUGUUUUUUGGUAUAAAUCCGAGAUUGAGUCGUAAAUUAAGCUGA